CAAUCAGCAGUCACUGUAAGUUUAAGCUGUGCACCCCUCAGUGCUGGUCACAGACUGACUCUCUGGCGACCCAGUGUGGGAGAAAGGAUAGACUGUCCUAUUUUACAAGUUUCACGGUGUCAGCCUGGCCAGAGUGGAAAUUGUCCUGAAUCGUUAAUCAGAGGCUUUCUUACUGCAGGACACUGCAGUACUGAAACAAAUCAUUCAGCUGAAGUGAGAGAGGGGAGGGUGGGACUACAUCAAUGGUAGCUUCCAGUUCGAGGAUUUAGACAGGCUUUGAUCAUGACUAACAGCUGAGGUUCCGACGGUACAUGAAGAGGUGGGAUUACACUUGGAGGCGGUCCCUCCAGCCGUUGACUUAUAUGGAAUUGUGCCUGCAUUUACAAAAACAGGGAAAAUAAGUUACUGACAGGCCUGUGAAGUGAGAGGGACUAUGUUUUGACUUUAAUACUUUCCCAGUGUUGACCGCAGUGCUGUCAGGAGUCGGUGUAAACAACACGCGAAGAGCCAAUGUUGGCUGGUUAUCAAGGAGGCUGCAUUGAAUUAUUCCAUUUACGCUGAAUACUCCCCCCACAACAGACUGCAACAGCUCAAGAAGGCAAAUCACCACCGCCUUCUCAAGGGCAAUUAGGGACAGAUGGCCUAAUGGAAAGAGAAGACGGAAGAACAGUCAAUCCUCAAUGAAAUCCACCAGCAUGUCAGGGUACAUUCCCAGCUAUCUGGAGAAAGAUGAACCCUGCGUAGUUUGCGGUGAUAAAGCAACAGGAUACCAUUACCGCUGCAUUACGUGUGAAGGCUGUAAGGGUUUCUUCAGGAGAACAAUCCAGAAAAACCUGCACCCCACCUAUUCCUGUAAAUAUGAUGGCUGCUGUGUGAUUGACAAAAUCACUAGGAACCAAUGCCAGCUCUGUCGAUUCAAGAAAUGCACUGCCGUCGGCAUGGCGAUGGAUUUGGUUCUGGAUGAUGACAAACGCAUCGCGAAGAGGAAACUGAUCGAGGAGAACCGAGAGAAGCGACGGCGGGAGGAGGUGGUGAAGACCAUGCAGAACAAGCCCGAGCCUACUGCCGAGGAGUGGGAGUUGAUCAGGGUUGCCACAGAUGCGCACAUGACAACCAACGCACAGGGCAGCCACUGGAAACAGAAGAGGAAAUUUCUGCCAGAAGACAUCGGCCAAUCUCCAAUGACUUCUACACCAGAAGGAGACAAAGUGGAUCUCGAAGCCUUCAGUCAAUUCACCAGGAUCAUCACCCCAGCCAUUACCAGAGUUGUGGAUUUUGCCAAAAAGCUACCAAUGUUCUCGGAGCUGCCUUGCGAAGACCAGAUCAUCCUUUUGAAAGGCUGCUGCAUGGAGAUAAUGUCUCUAAGGGCUGCUGUCCGUUAUGAUGCAGAGAGUGAGACGCUGACACUAAAUGGAGAAAUGGCCGUCAAGAGAGAGCAACUGAAGAAUGGAGGACUAGGGGUCGUCUCAGACGCCAUAUUUGAGCUGGGCAAAUCCUUAGCCGCCUUCAGUCUGGAUGACACAGAGGUGGCACUCCUCCAGGCAGUUUUAUUGAUGUCCUCAGAUCGCACAGGACUGACUUGCAUUGACAAAAUAGAGAAAUGCCAAGAGGCCUACCUCCUAGCGUUUGAACACUACAUAAACUAUCGCAAACACAACAUUCCACACUUCUGGCCAAAGCUGCUGAUGAAAGUCACAGACCUACGGAUGAUCGGGGCAUGUCAUGCCAGCCGCUUCCUUCACAUGAAGGUUGAAUGUCCCACAGAACUCUUCCCUCCAUUAUUCCUGGAGGUGUUCGAGGACCAGGAAGUGUAGGCCUGAGCGAAAACUGGCUGAAAAAACAGAACACACACACACACACACACACACACACAUAAUCACCGGCUAACUGCCUGGCGUCAUGUCCAUUGUGGAUAAUUUUGUCUAUCUAAACUUGGCCGAAUCUCAAAAGAACCAUUCCAUUAAUGCGGGUACCAGGUGCAAAUAUUUUGCAAGUCAUAGUAAAGUGUUCCUUGGUCCUUGUGCUCUUGUCUUGCAAAGGAAGGUCGUGCUGCCUAGCUGUGCGUUGCUGCUUUAACAGCUGAUUAUAUAAAACAGCUAACUCCAAAACAAAAUGGCCAACCAUCCCAUCUUCAUUUUUUUUUACACGCUCAACUUGGUGCAACCUUUUUCCAGUGGUUUAUCAUUCUGCAGUCAAUGUUGUCCUGUCUUUGAUCACUGCAGCUCUUGGAAAGCAGUGUUACUUUAUGACUGGCAACAUUUGUUUAUUUACGAUCAACAGUUCGAGAGAAAAAGAGAGAGAGAUGGAAAGUCAAGGCAUGAACUGCCCUACCUCAGCAUCGCAUGGGAGGAUCAGCAGUGUGGGAAUUCAAGAAUGAAAGGGGAUAGAAAAUGGCGGAGAGGAAUUUCAACGGGAGGCAUCUGCUAUGCCUAGCAACCGCAGUCAAGUCUGUUUGCCCGCACACCCAUCUGCAAUCCACUGCCAUUCUCAUGGGAGGAGAAGGUGAAGUCUCCUUCCUUCUGAAGCAUCUGAGAUCCUCCUGAUUCCUUCAGCACUGAGGCCUCCUUUGGCCAGGUGACCCCCCCCCCCUCUUUGUGGCACAGACCUCAGUUACCCGCGGAGAGCGAAACCUGCCCGUCGUAUGUUUUAUUUUUCACAAGGAGCGCGGUCAGAAAGGGCCGCGCAGAAAAGGAGGGGGAGAAAAAGACCAAGAAGUGGCACCUGAGACUACCCAGGCUCACUGGCGACAGGGGAUUCAGCUGCACAAAAAAAAACAUGGGAGGAAAAUUCAGAGAAUUUUUAUGCAUGUGUUAGUACUAACACUUAAAAAUGUGUUCAUUGUGUUGGGGGUUGGGGCGAUGAGGAGGGGGUGGUAGGGAGAGGGUUUUAACCCCUGCAUUCUGAGCCUGAGUGGUUUCCUUGGUAGCCCCUUCAGUUAACCCUUUAGUGGCUAUUCCACCCCCCCCACCCGUGAUUUUUUUUAACCACAUUUGCACUUAGCUCUUUCCCAUUUCUCCCCUUCCUCAAUAACUCAACCAGAUAGCCUCAAAACAUCUCCAUAUCUACCUUCUCUGACACUCUACAAAGGUUGUCUUUUGUUGACCGUGUGACGUUAAAGGGCAGUGAAACAUCCUGUAUUCCUCAGACAGGGGGAAUCCACUGCCCCAGAAGCAAGAAAACCACAAACCAGCGAUAAGCGACCUUUGACUCUGAAACACGUUUGCAUUUACCAAACAACCUCAUGUUUAGAUGUUCGACCGUAAUUUUCAAAUCCCACAGAACUGAAGCUGAAAAUCUAUGUUCACGUUGUUGUAUAUGUUUUAUGAAUAUCACUUUCGCAAUAUUCAUAAAACAUAUUCCCUGCUUCUAAAUUUCUCCAAAACAAUACAGAUUAUCCCAAGGACACAGGCGGCCAGUUAAUCAAAUUCCAGAUAAUCAAAUGCCAGGUAACACAGUUUAGCCGAGCAUCAGGAACUUGCCAUCUUGCCGAAUAAUCCAAUAUUUGGAUAAUCGAAUGCCAGAUAAUCGAGGUUCCUCUGUAUACGGCAUGUUAUACCCAACAGUUAAGGAGGGAAGUUUCUGGUUCUUUAUUCACAUGGUAAACUUUGUCAGGGUUUGGUGGAGACUCAGCAUCUAGAUGCCCUAAUACAGUAUUAACUGAUACAACACAGUGGUGUUCCCACGCUACAGGCCACCAGUGCUUUGGGCAACUUUUCUUCUGUAUGUUUGUGUCCAUAGGAUCUGUGCUUUACUGGCCUUUAGCCAGUUUUUAAUCCCUCAUCCUUCCAACUGAAUGACUCGUUCUACCAUUUCAGAAAGCAACUAAAGAAUCAACUACACAUUGCUGUGGUUCUGAGUCACAUCUAGUUCAGAUCAGGGACACAAGUCAGAUGUCCUUCCCGAAACAACCUUCGUAAAACAAAUCUGUUUUGAACAACAAUCAACGAGAGUUUUGUAGCUGCAUCAUGGCAGCACGGUGGCACAGUGGUUAGCACUGUUGCCUCACAGCGCCAGAGACCCAGGUUCAAUUCCCGCCUCA